AUGACACACAUUCGACUAUACUUUCCAAAGCGCCACAGCAGCAUCGAUAGUGGUAGUGUAGUAGUACCUGCUUCUACUAGUACUAUAUUCACCAAGAAGGUGCGGCCAUCCACGGACCGCCAAGACGAGCCGCAAUUGUUCUUGUAUCAUCAUGAUCCGCAAUGGGAAUCGUUGAUUGAAAAGGCGGCUGGCUCCUAUGCCGCAGUCGCAAAGAAUAAUGACGAGGACAAUCAUAAAUGCCAAUUGUACAUUGCCCAGGGCAUCAUUGCGGAGAUGCAACAAAAGGGUCAUCAUCGCUUUUAUCAACGGCAGGAUGACAAUGUCUUGCAUUGUUUGUCGCAAAACGAAAUGCUGGAGCUGACUCAAAAGGCUCUUGUGCAUUAUAGUGGGACUACUACCGGUACUACUCAAGAAGAAGAAGAAGAAAAAGAAGAAGAAGCCGCAGCCGCGUCUAAAAAGCGAAAAGCCCAAACCCAAACCCAAACCUUGGACGACUUCAUCGAGUCCAACAAGAAACUUUUGACACCGCCAUCUACUACUACCAACAACAACAUGGAUGAUGCAACGAACAACAAGAAGUCGUUACUAGUUAUCGAAAGGCUACGAAAGAAGUUUGUAUCCAUUCUACGCGUGAUUGCCAAUGGUAGUCUCACACCCGAUGAUCAAAACUCGCAAAUUAAAACGAUUGCCGAAGAUGCCAUGGCAUUGGUGGUGGUGGUGACCAAGAAACAAAAUGUGGACAUGGCCGAUUACGAUUUGGAUGAUAAUGAUAAUGAUGAUAAUGCUUCCACGAAUGCUGCUGCUGCUGCUCCACGCCGCAACAGCUACGAGCCACCGCGACUGCAACCAAAAGACUACUUCAGUAGUGCAGCGACAGAAGGUGCUACCGAAAUGGCUUGCAAUGGAACCGUCGCCACCAAACUCCUCGACAAUGGACUCUUGGCUAGUGCUAUAGCAAACUUUGAACCCAAUUCUCCCAUGGCGGCUUGCAAAAUUGUCCGCAAUUUGAAAAUCAGGGGAGAUCGUUGGUAUACUGGAAGCGUCCUCUAUCAGAGGCCUCAUGGGAUUGGUAUCAUGAAGUAUAAGGAUGGCCGGAUCCUUUUAGGAAAUUGGCUCCAAGGAACCUUGCAUGGACAGGCAGUUGCUCUCUAUAUCAAUGGGGAUGCCUACAUUGGUGGCUACUUGAAGAACAAACGGAAUGGCGUGGGGUUGUAUCAUUACAAUCAUGGGGCCAAGUAUGAUGGGAUCUUUGAGAAAGAUGAUCGGCAUGGCCGAGGUGUCUAUACCACCACAGACGGACAUGUCUACGACGGCACAUUUGUGAAAGGCCGUUUUGAGGGCGAAGGGAGUCAUCGGCUUCCCAAUGGAACCAAAGAGAAGGGUAGUUUCAAGAAUUGGAUCUACAUGAAAUAG